UGUCUGUGUGUGAGGUAGCCUGUAGGUAACAGAGCGCUCGCGCAGUCGGAAGUUUGUGUUGGAGAUGGGCUGAAAGUCUAAGAGAAAUCCACCUUGGCGCGGACGACGAGUGGUUUUCCCAGGAUUUAUAAACUCUUGUGAUGCUCAGACCCAGCUAUGCCUUACGUGGAUCGGCAGAACCGCAUCUGUGGCUUCCUGGACAUCGAGGAAAAUGAGAACAGCGGCAAGUUCCUGCGCCGCUACUUUAUCCUGGACACACUGGAGGGCAGUCUGGUGUGGUACAUGGACAACCCGCAGAAUCUUCCAGAAGGAACCCUGUGUGUUGGCUCACUGAAGCUCACGUACAUCUCCAAGGUUAGCGAUGCAACCAAACUGCGACCCAAGGCAGAGUUCUGCUUCGUGAUCAACGCUGGAAUGAGGAAGUUCUACCUGCAGGCCAACGACAAACAGGACCUGGUGGAAUGGGUCGCUGUGCUCAACAAUGCUACCAAAAUCACGGUCCCAAAGUCGGGUGAUCCGAGCGGGCAGAACCCAGCGGAGGCAUGCGUGGAUGUCCUGGGUGCCAUGAAGCAGGUCUCCUACAAGACAGAGAUCAUCGGCGGAGUUCCCAUUAUCACCACCACACAGGAGAAGGCUGAAGGGCAGAACGGGGCAGAGAGAGGGACACUGAGGAAGCCUCAUGGCCAGGUGCCCUACUACCUAAGCCGAGCUAACCAGGACCAAUCGGUGGUUAAGGUUGGCUUCUGCGUUAAACAGGGAGCUGUGAUGAAAAACUGGAAGAGACGAUACUUCAUGCUGGACGACAACAACAUCAGUUAUUUUAAAUCAGACCUGGAGAGAGAGCCACUCCGGGUUAUUCCAUUGAAGGAGGUUACUAAAGUCCAGGAGUGUAAGCAAAGUGAUUUGCUGAUGAGGGAUAACCUCUUCGAGCUCGUCACUACCUCACGAACGUUUUAUAUUCAGACGGACAGUCCCGAGGAGAUGCACAACUGGAUCAAGGCCAUUUCCGGAGCGAUCGUAGCCCAGCGAGGCCCCGGCCGCUCUGCAGCUUCAAUGCGUCAGGCCAGAAGGUUCUCAAACCCUUGUAUUCAGAGGUAUACGUCCCGCAGUGGCGAACGCAGCACGAGCGCAGGGAAUGCCCCUCCAGCUUUUACUGCAGUGACCAAGGCCCCCCAGUCCCUCGCUCACCCAUCUCCACCGAACUCCACUUCCCAGAAUGCCACUUCCCAGCGGGCCAUCAGCAUGGCAUGGGACGAGCCGGACCUCAGCGGCCUCCUGCGGGGCAGCCCACGUACCCGUCUGUCACUCCAGGAGUCUCCCCGCCUGUUUUUCAAGUAAGCAGCAGCGACACAGUCUCACCCUGGGAGCGGAGGAACAGUGCAGAGAUUUGCCCUCCUGCUGAUAUUGACACUGACGAUCUGCCUGUUACAGAGGUGUAAAGACCUGCGGUGGUCAAACUGCAACGAAAAUAAACACAGACAUACCCACAACGAGACAAGACACAGCACAGACUGACAGCACAGUAUUGCCGAAAUGACCACAGGUCUGGACGUGCAGCACAAAGCAAAGCAAUCAGAAGUGAAGUAGACCAGAGAGGGCACCUAGCACAUCACGGUGGAUUACGGGAUUCUGGGAUUAGUUCCUUUUUCCAUGAGCCUCCAGUUGAAGACCGUGGCUAACCACCAGUCUGCUAGUGAUUUGAAAUGAGCACAAACUCCUUAUCCAGUCCUGAACUGGAUCAGAUUUACCCUAACGAUUUAUCUUUUUUCCCCUUUUCACCUUCUUUUUCCAUGGGGUACAGUUUGGUUUGUUGUGAUGUUUUAUCACUACUCUAAAUCAGCGUAUUGAAGAUCUUUCUGCUGAACUAAAUGGAGCACUUUUUUCUGAUUGCUUCUAUCAUUUAAUUGUUUUUUUAUCGAUGUUUUAGAAAGUUCUGUGUGAGGGCGUUUCAUUUCUGAGCAAACCAUAAACAAGAUAAUACCACUACCUAUAAGAUAGAAUUAUUUUGGAGAAGACAUAAUCGUUAUUAAACAUUUGAAGAUCUAUAUUGAAUAUUUGAGGAUCUAUAUACACACACAUACUGACUGUAACUAUAGAGUUUAUUUUAGAGCAAAACUUCAAAAAGUCAAAAGUUAAACAUAUUUCUUGUCAGGUUUGUUGGUGCUUGACCAAAAACAUCAGGUCUUUUGGAUACACGUCUACAUCCAGUACACGCACAGCCGUUCGGUUACCUUGGCAACACACUCAUACAAUUGUUUUUAAGGUUGUUGCCAACCAUCAGAGCUGCACUUUGUAACAUCGGAAUAUGCUUCUAGGAUUCGUCACUUAAAUAUACACCAUGCUUCUUUUUCCUUUAAUUGAAAACAUCCGAGAUAAUGAUAAGCUAAUUAGCUAGAAAUCUAGUGCUUCGGUAGUGACCUCUUGGUAGCUUCAUCCCAGCUCGCAUCACUAACGUUUCGGCUGGUCUCUUGUCUACACUUGAUUUUCCACCUUGAAAGGUGUAUGUGAAACUUUUAACUUGAUUUUAAUCGUGUCUAAUGUUAGCCAACAUUUGUUUGGAGGAAAAAAUACCCGCUGGUUCUCGCAGAUCCACUUUCUAGUUUAGACAUGGUUGCAAACUUUCUGAAUAAAGGUUGGGGGGUCGGCAGGUCUGAAAUAUCAAGAAAUGUUCUAGAGCAAACUGUAAGAAGCCUUUUUUCCGUGUGUUGAAAAUUGUCAUGCUGAACACGGUGCUCCUGAUGUUACGUCAUGAUGGACUACUUUACCCUGAAAAUAUGCUAACAAUGAACGAAAGCUACUAUAUUCUGCUUAGCAUAUUGUGAAUGAAACCACACUAACACCACACUAACGUUAGUCAAAGUUUUGAUGCCGUAUUCGUUUAAUAACCUUUCCUACUUGCCCAGUACCAACGUUGUGACUUCCUUUUGUUGUUCUUUGAGGAUUAUUCUUGUAAAAAAAAAUUUACCCAAUGUUGUAUGGUGGAACACGACUCCUGAGACGGCGCCCCUACGUCGCUCUACGUCAGGGUCGUGUGUCAACUCGUUCACCCGUAAACCGUUGCACAAGCCAUCUCAAGUGCCUGCGUAGCUUUCUUCCGACAACAAGCUCAUUUUGAUUUCUCCACUUGUGUACCUGACAUUUGUAAAUCAUGUGCAUUUAUUUAUUAUGUGAAAGAGUUUGAAGAUUAAAACUGACCAAUUUUAAGUGCUGAA